AUGUUUCGACCCGAGACCAGCCGCUACGAGUGCCCCGACUGCCCCAAGACGUUCAGCACAGACGGCUACUGGCUCCGUCACUGGAACAAGUACCAUGCCAACACCGACGAACCAGAGCCGUCGGCCGGGCAGCAAGCUCAACCUCCUACCCAGCGGCAGAAGAAGGUCGAGUACCGUCCUACCCGCAAGGACGGCGACGAGAACGAGCGGCCGAUCGAGCAUCGCCCCAAGCCCGCGAUGAAGCCGACCAAGCCCAAGUCGAGCGCCCACCGCGCCCCGCUGAAGCCCAAGCGCUCAAACCCGGUCGCGUCGCCGCGCAACACCGGCGCUGCAGCCCAUUCGGCCGGACGGCGCCCCGACGCCGCCUCGGCAUCGUCGGCCGACCUCGACACGGACCCGUUCGCCCAUCCUGCCGUCCAGGCCAAGAUCGACUUGUUGGAGAAGGAAUUCGCGGUCGUAUGGGACGGCUACAUCGAGCUCGCCCGCCUCUUUCAUCGGACGCACGGCGGCGAGCCGGACUCGGACAACGACGCGUCGGGCCCGUCGACCAAGCGCCGUAGGACGUCCACCUCGACCCCAACCUCGCUCUCGCCCGAGGACGAGGCCGUCCUCGCCGAAGCCGCCGGCCGCCUCGUGUACCUGCACAAGCCCUUCCUGUCGGACGCCGACCUCGAUGCGCUCAACGGCGUCGUGUCGUCGGGCAACCCGGUGCGGGUCGGUGCCGCCGUCGAGCUGCGCAGGACCGUGCGGGGCUUGCUGCCCGCCGGGCCGCGUUGGGACGACUUGACGCGCGAGGACCUCGUCGUUCUCCAGGACCGCGUCAACCGGCACCGCCGCAAAGUGACGCACGUGGUCCGGCUGCACCUCGUCGACAUCCUCGGCGUGCGCCUCGGCGACCUCGUCGGCGGCGACGACGAGGCGGGCGACAAGAUGCGCGCCCAGUUGACCGAGGACGGCGGGCUCGCGUGGACGUAUGCCGGGCCGCGCGAGAACGGGUUUGGGCUCCAGUCCGACUCGGUGACGAGGGCCAUCUCGACCAUCCUGUACGGCCCGAGGUCGAUCGCGAUGACGACGGCCGCCGAGCGUCGCACGGCGGGCAAGUCGUCCAAGGGCGCCGUGUGGAACGUCGACUGCAUCACGCCGCAGCUCGUCGCGCUCGCCGUCACGAUCGUCACGUCCUGCCUCCGCAACGAGAAGCAGUUCCUCAUCGCCGACGACCCGCGCAACGCCAACUUUCAGCUGUUCAACCGCGUCGUCGAGCUCCUCGGCCCGUCGUCGUCAGGGUUCUCGUCGGACGACAUCGAGCACGUCCUUGGGCGGCUCGGGCGGGAGCUCAUCCCGGCGGAGCGAGCAGGUGCGGGACAGGGUGAGGAGGAGAGGGAGGAGGGGAGCGAGGGGGGCCCGAGCGGUGCGCUCGGUGGCGUCGAGCGGGUUGGGGAGGGCGGCCUCGACUCGGAGGAGGAGGCGAUGAUGCGCCCGCCGCCCGCCGGGAGCUGCCUACUCUGUCCGCCGAGGACGACUUGAGUCGGCGCGCGCGCCGGCGCAACAGGUCCCUGCCUCUCUCUCGCUCUCUCGCCCUCGCCUCUCUGUAGAUAGCCCCCAGACUCGCACACACAGACACUGAAAAGAGUAACGACUGUCACGAUC